GAUUGUUCGUAUUUGAUCGGAUAAAUUUGAAUCUAAAGCGGUUGGACUGAAGCGUGACAACAUAACGCGCGGAAAUCGCGGGUUUUCCCUCAUCUUGGUCCGGAUCCCUAGGAUGAUGCUGCAUAGAUAAGAAAACUAAUCCGGAGAGAUAGUGAAAAUUUGAGAUCCCAAGCGUGUGAGAGCGGUCGCUCACUCUCACCGUCAUCUCUCCGACAUUUCGGGACAGGUUAUCCAUACAUAUCGUCUGUAAGCCGGCUGGCUGUUUAACCAUACACUUUGGGUCACGGCACAGAUGAGCCUGUGUAUAAAAUAAGCACCCGCGCCACCCAACGGCAGACGCUUCAUCGUCGGAUCGCGCACACGGUUUAUCUCUUCGUGGUUUGUUUUGGUUUUUAAUGCUGCGCAGAGGCUCGUUUUGCGUUAUUUUCUCAUAGCGCCUUCCGUGAGCUGGAGGUUAUAGGAGAUGAGAAUUCCGCUGGAGUAGUUUUUUUUGUUGGUGCGCGAAGCUUUUCUGGCGAUAUUGUUGAGUGUUGAGAGUGGUAUGUUCUGUAGGCUGGCUUCGCUAAUUAGCCCUUUGUGUGUUAAAAAGCUGAAUUAUCACGUAGCUAAAUUGUCGAUGAGUGUGCUGCUAUGACAUUGACUCUAAUGUGAGGGCCCCGGUAGGUUUCGUGAUAAGACGCAACCCUCUCCCCCAUCGUCACACUCGUCGGUAUUCGUUGAUUUAACUUGUAUCGUGCCCUUGAAAUCCGUGUCAUUGGAUCAGAGAAUACGUAAAUGCCGGCUCUAUUUUUAACAUUGUAGCUAAGAAGAGAACCCAGAACAGGGAAAAAAGACUUGAACAAAACAAAACGUCGCAUGUGCAUACAGUGUUGUCUGAUAGUGCAUCCAACAGAGUAGUUGCAGCGGUCGCAAUCACUGCGAGCUGCAUAUGAGACCGACCGAGAAGAUAAGCCUCCCAGAUAAGUGAUGUUUCAGGAAACAUUUCAAGUUUUAGCCAGUGCGCUUGUGUGAAAUUCAUGAAGUUCGUUUUACAUUUUGUUCUGUUUUUCAAUUGUUUGUGGUACCGUGAAGCAUAAGUUUGAAAGCAAUUACAUGAGAAGGAAAAAUUAAAAAAGAUUCAACCGGAGAAUCUGAGUGUGGAAAAAAACCCGCUGUUAAUUGCGUUCCAACGGAGUGUAUUGAUCAAAAUUGAAGCCAAUUUAGUCGAACCGGUCCACGUGGUGUUUACAAACAAACGCCGGCUCGUCAGCUUUAAAUACGACAAUAACAUUUGAGAGAGGGUUACCAGCCGUUGCGUUGGCUACGAGAGAGGUAGAGAAUAACGGCGAUUUACUAUUUGCUCAGUGUGUGCAUAGUACGCGAAAGAUUCGGUGACUCCAGCAAAUAUCUUUCAACACCCCGAUCAAACAAUGUCGGUGCCCGUCAUUCUCUUCUACGUGUUCAUCACCGUGUUCAUGCUGAUGUCGUACAGCCCAAAGCCACGCAAGAUACUGAAAGCGAUCAAAAGUUUUCUGUUGCAGCUUGUGCACCUGAGCGACAAUACAGCCCCGGUGGCAAUACAACUUCAGCCUGCUGUGGGCCAACCAGAGCAGCGUGACAAACAUCCGACCGUUUGGGACAUACCGGGACCAAAACGGUGGCCACUUGUUGGGACAAAGUGGAUUUAUCUCACCGGACGAUAUAAAAUGAGCAAAAUGCACGACGCUUUUGUGGAUCUUAACAAGCGUUAUGGCAAAAUAGUUCUGGAAGUUGAUCGCCAAGUGCCAAUCGUGAAUUUAUUUGAUCGUGUAGAUAUGGAGAAGGUACUGCGAUAUCCCAGCAAAUAUCCGUACCGACCACCGACGGAAAUAGUGGAGUACUAUAGGCGAAGUCGACCGGAUCGAUUUGCCAGCACCGGAAUAGUUAACACGCAGGGCGAGCAGUGGCAUGAAAUGCGAGUUAAGCUAACGUCCGGAAUUACAUCGCGGAAAAUUUUACUGGCCUUCAUUCCUUCCUUAAACGUGAUCUGCGAUGAUUUUGUCGACUUGCUGCGCCGCAGACGUGAUGAGAACAAUUGCGUUCAAGAUUUUCAGGAUGUGGCGAACACCGUCGGACUUGAAAUUAUCUGCUGUCUGAUUCUUGGGCGCCGCAUGGGCUACAUGAGUGGAGACAAGCUGAAAAACGAAAAGUUUGCUAAACUGGCGGAAGCUGUCAAAUCUAGUUUCAUGUACAUUAGCAGGAGCUAUUACGGUUUAAAACUAUGGAAAUAUAUUCCCACAGCAUUGUAUCGAGAUUACGUGCGCUGUGAGGAGAUUAUUUACGACACAAUUGCUGAGAUCGUCAAUGAAGCACUCACCGAAGAUCAAGGAAAUUGUCCGGAUGACGAUAUGCGUAGUAUAUUUUUUAGUAUUUUGCAAACUGAAGGUUUAGAUACGAAGGACAAAAUUGCCGGAAUAAUCGAUUUAAUUCAUGCAGCUAUCGAAACUUUUUCCAACACAUUAUCAUUCCUGCUGAACAAUUUGAGUCAACAUCCAAACAAGCAAAUCCGAAUAGCUGAAGAAUUCAGCGCUUGUUCUCAGAUAAUCACGAGUUCAGAUAUGAAUAAUGCUCCAUUUACGAAGGCGUGUAUUAAAGAAUCGUACCGAGUUUCGCCAACAACUCCUUGUUUAGCUCGUAUCCUCGAGGAAGACUUUGUCCUGUCAGGUUACCACCUGAGCGCUGGGACCGUUGUCCUCUGUCAUACACGCGUGUCCUGUCAGAACGAAGAAAACUUCAGUCAUGCUAAGCAAUACCGACCGGAAAGAUGGCUUGAACAAGUGGACGAAAAUCAGAACGUAUACAAAAUUGAAGAAUCGGGAGCAUCGUUGGUGCUUCCUUUUGGCACAGGCCGGCGAAUGUGUCCCGGUCACAGAAUCAUUGAUAUUGAAUUAACACUUAUAGUGGCGAAGCUAUUCCAACAAUUUGAAAUCGAGUACCAUAGUAAGCUCGACACGCAGUUUCAGUUCCUGCUGGCGCCAGGAACCCCAAUCGAGAUUAUUUUCAGAGAUCGUAAUUGAGUUGCCUUCGGCUCAACGCCUUGGUUUGUUAUCUAUUGUGAAUAAGCGUUUUAAUAAUAGAACUGCACACAGCAAAGCCCCUAGGGACAAGAUGACGAAAUGUGAGAAUCAUAUUGAUUAUUAUUGUUAAAACAGAUUGUUGAUCUGUGUACUAGUACUGAUUGUUUAUUACAAGUUAUUUCUAGCUAUACAGUAAUCUUGUAUCAGUAUAAUUUAUUACAUUUGUACAAAAUUUAACG